AUGCCCUCGCCGGGCGCGCAGUUGCCGAGGAGGACAAAAAGCUCGACGACGAAUAGCCCGUGCUCGAGGCGGCCUCACCAUGAUGCCUUGGCACGCUGGGCACGAGCCGGGCGAUGGGGGCAGGUGGCCAAAGUGCUGGCACACAUGGAGCAGGCUGGAAUUGAGCCUGCGGUGGCAAGCUUCAACAUCGUUGUGUCUGCUGCAGCAUCUGCCAUGCUCUGGUUGAGGGCCCUUCAGGCCGCAACCCAGGGACGAGAUGCUGGCAUCCCUGAAGACGCUGUCGGUCAGACAUCUGUGCUACACCUGUGCAAAUCGCUGCGGCGGUGGCAGCUUGCAGUGCACCAUCUACAAACUCUGCCACUGCUGGGAGUGCAGUGCAACACAAUCCAUGCCCAUGUGGUGCUCAGCAGCCUGGCACAGGAAGACUGGCGCAAGACGGUCGCCCUAUUCCGAGAGCUGUCCUUGCAGGGUGUGACCUUGGAUGCAGUCGCUCGGAGACCGCUGCUGCGUUCGCAGUGGCAGCAUGCACUGGCUGAGUUCGCGUGGAGAUGUCGCAGUGACCUUGCAUCGGCGUCAUCGUUCACUGCCGCCUGCUCAGCAGCAGGAGCGUGGGCGCAGGCACUGGUUGUGUGCCAGCGGCUCAAGGGUUACGCCGACCGCAUUUCCUUCAACUCGGCUGCUUCCGCCUUCGAGCGCGCUGGACCAUGGCAAUUCGCUGUUCGGCUGUUUGCCGCUCCUGCCAAGAAUGAGGCACCUGAUGAAGCUGGUCUGGCCUCGGCGCAGCUCGCCGUGACCAGCGGAGGUGCAUGGCAGGCGAGGCUGAUGCUGCUCGAAAAUGCCAAGCAUCAGGCCCUGAGACCGCAUCUGAUGCUCUCCACCUUCGACCCCGGCACGCUGCGAUCUAAGCCCAGCCUUUGGUUACAAGUGCUGGAGUUUCGUGCGGGCCAUGCUGAAGAGUUUGCGGCCAGCGCAGAGGGCCUGCAGGAGGCUUCCCACUGGAUCGAGGCCUGCGAUCUUUUGAUCCGCCUUGCCGCCAGCAGAGCCGACCAAGCGAAUAGCUGGCGGGUGGCCAUGCGCAGAUUGACCGUUGCCAUGGCCGCGCAGACCCAAACCUGGCACCGAUCUCUGGCUGCUUUGGCAGCUGCCCAACGCGCGGGCCUGCGGCCUGCGGCGACUCACCACGAUUGGGGAGUGAGCGCGCACGAGAAAGGGCUCCAUUGGGAAGGAGCCUGCAAGCUGUUAGGGCUGAUGCCUUCCAGAAGGAUGAGCCCUCGAGCCCAAGGCUGCAACGCUGCCGUCGCUGCUUGUGCCAAGAGCGAGCAGUGGCCAACGUCGCUACAGUGGAUUCUCUGCAUGUUCAAGGACACCUUGACCCCAGAUGAGAUGAGCUUUGGGUCCUUCAUCUGCGCGGCUGGUGCCCAUGCAUGGCAGCAAGUGCUGGGGCUCUUGCUGUGUCUUGAUCCAAUGAAUUCGCUGUGGUCUCCGACCUUUUUCCCGUGGGCUUUGGCCAAGCUGGGCUGCCGGACCCCACGGGCCGCAGAGGCGCUUGCCCGUGCAGCACAGGGGCCUCUGAGUGCAGCAGAGGUCACAUCUUUUGCCUGGGCUGCAGCCAACCUCGGAAUCUUUGGUCCUGCUAUUACUCACCAACUGGAGAAGCAUGUGAUGCAUUGCCACAAGAAGUGCACUCUCGAGGAGCUUCGAGUCGUUGCUGCGGCGGGAGCUGCGCUGAACCUCGGUCAAGAACUUUUUUGGGCAAUAGCCGAAGAGGCUGAGCGACGACUGUUGUCGAUGCAAGUCGGAUACGCGGCCGACAAGGAUUGGCAGGACCUGCUGGGCAUCUUGAGGGCCCUGAACUCCAUCAACCUGCUCCCGCAGCGCCUGCACAAGCUUGCCCAGGCAUGCAUCCGCGCCAAUGCAGAGAAAGCGGAUGCAGCUUCCUUCUCGCAAGGGCCGGACCCUGUCGUGCUGGAGAAGCCGGCUGGCUGGGAGGUUUAUGGUGGGCAUGGACAGCUUCAGCUGCGAGACAAGCUCAUCAGAAGCGCUGGCAACUACCCCAUCUUCCACGAUGCCACUCGCGACUUUGGGUUUAUCCAUCGCCUGGACGUGCCCAGUUCCGGCUUGAUUCUAGCAGCAAAGACCUAUCGCGCACACAGCUAUCUCCAGCUGCAGCUACACACAGGAGUGCUGCUGCGUGAGUACUUCGUCGUGAGCCAUGGAUGGCUACCACCAAAGCGGCGCGAUCUCUGCUGCGCUGGACGAUGA